UCUCUCUCUCUCUCCACUUCUUUCUUUCUCACUCCAUCACUAAGGAAACUCGGAACGUGAGAUAUGGAGCGGACUCAACCCCACUUUCCCUGCUCCAUUUAACUCCACCUUUUCAAGUCCGCUUCCACCUCAUAAACAUCAUCGGAAUUGUUCUUACUCGAAUCCCGAGCUCUUCAAGAAUGGGGCGGUCCUCUGCUUGCCUGAGAAUCAUUGCUUGCGGUCGCAAUUCCGGCGGUGAGAACAGCAACGACAACGAUCUCCGUAUCUCCGAGGUCAAGACUACAAAAGACAAAUCGGGAUGGAGUUUCCGGAAGAAGUCCACGAGCCCUCGUGUGCUAAGCAACAUUGCUAUAACUGAAGAAGCUAAUUAUGGACACAAGGAAAACCCAGAUGGAUCUGUCACCUUCAGCUCCCAAUUUACUGGGAGCUCCAAUGAUUCUGGAAAAGCCUGUUUGACACAAUGCAGUGAUGACAAAGUACAGCUGGUUGUCUCGGCAAAGUCCAUAGCCUCUGAGCAUGCUUCUAAUGUGCGACACGGGGAAGAAUUUGAUGCAAAAUCUGAUAAAAAUGUGCAAGAAUCGGCGGCGGUUAUUGUUCAGGCCACUAUUCGGGGAUUUUUGGCACGAAAGAAACUUUUGAAGCUUAAGGAUGUUACUAAGCUUCAACCCGAUGUUCAGUGCACAUCCUUGGAGAACACUGUUGAAUUGGAUUCUAUUAUUGAUCCACAAGAGAGAAAGAAAAGCGAAAAAUUAUACAAUUUUCCUGGAGUUUCCACUAAUUUUUCUCAUGAGGCUACCGAGUCUAAGUUAGAGAAUGGAACUCUGAUGCCAUCUGAAAGCGAGGAGAAUCUCAUAACCUAUGAAGGAGAGAAAAUAAACUUCCAUCUGCACAGAGUUACCGACUCUGUUGCUGAUGAUGAUGAUGCAGGGAGAGCUUCAUCUGAGGUUCAUUCGCUAUCAAACAGCCAAAAAGCGAAUCAUUUUGUUGAGCAGCAGAAACUUUCUGAUCGGUUGAGAAAUGGCAGGUCAAAGUUUACUUCUGGAUCGGAUUCUAGAAAUGCAAGUGACACAGCAUUGAUCUUCGGUGAGUCAGACACUGAUGAACCAGCUCCAAAAGUGAAUUCCAUGCCUACCACGAUUGUUGGCUCUACCCAUCACAGUAAUGGUGUAUCUAAGAUGGACGAUAUUAUUUCCGAGGUUGAUUCUGCAAAGGAAGAGAAAAUUCCUAGGUAUGCAGGAUCUGAGUGUGGAACUGAACUCUCCAUAUCUUCAACCCUUGAUUCUCCUGACAGGUCAGAAGCCGGGAUCAAAUUAGAUGGGUUGGGAAAGGAAAUUCAGGAUAAAGGUACUGAAGAUAUAUCAGCAAAUCUGCUGACCCGUUUAACAGAAGAACAUGUGGAGAAUCUGGAUCACGCUCCUGAUGAAUGCUCCGAGGGUUCAGUUGUAUCAAUUGAUGUGUCUCAGAUCGAACAGAAGCUCAAAGUGAACACAUCUGAACCCGGAAAAGAGCUCAGCUUCCAAGAAAAGCCUCCCUCUCAAGAAGCUUCAUCUAGAACUCAAGAGUUGCUGCAGACACCUUCUACCCAGGUAUCUACAAAGUCCCCGAGGGACAGACCCGACAAGCGUGACCCAAAGAAGAACCAAAAAUCGGUAUCUGACAAGAAAUCUCCGUUAAAACCUAAUCCGGGGCAAUCCCCGGGAGAUUCAGCAAGCGGGAAGAAACGGGAUUCCUUUGGAUCUGAUCAGGAAGGCAGAAACAGCACGAGCAGUAACCCGCUCCCACGGUUCAUGCAAGCCACGGAAUCUGCAAGAGCCAAGCUCCAAGCAAAUAGCGGCUCCCCGAAAUCGAGUCCAGACGUUCAAGAAGGAGACUUUUACGUCAAAAAGAGGCAUUCUUUGCCCAUUGCCAACGUAAAAGAAGUCUCUCCGCGUAUUCAGCAGAGCAAAAAAGAGAAAAGAUGGCAGAGGUGAAGAAGAGAGACUGCCUGCUAUUUAUGAAGAAUGAUCCGAACAUGUUGAUUCAAUUUAAUUCCAUUUUUAAUUAAAUCUUUGUGCACAUAAUGCCUUUUAAUCUCCUCUUAUUUACUUUCAGACUUUCCUUUCAGACAAGUUUUCUGUGGUUGUUUUGUGAUGUUUGAUUGGCUGUCCGAGAGAAUAAAGAGUGCUCGAGUGUGGAAAUGAAUGGGUGAAAAAAAGGGAUUUAAUUUUUUUU